UCCAAAGUAGCCCAGAAACCAUGUUUGGUUCCUCAAGAUCUGGAGGCAUCCGAGGGGGGCAGGACCAGUUCAACUGGGACGACGUGAAAGUCGACAAACACAGAGAAAAUUACCUCGGGAACUCUUUGAUGGCACCAGUAGGACGGUGGCAAAAAGGCAAGGAUCUGUCAUGGUAUUCAAAAGACAAAAAAGGCGGCGCUGCUUUGUCAAAAGCUGAAGAACUUGCUGCUGUGAAGGCUGCAGAGCAUGAAGCACUGAUGGCUGCUCUAGGGCACAAGAAUAUAAAGAGGCAACCAACUGGUUUGACUAAGGAGGACCUUGCAGAUGUUUGCAGGAGAGAAGAAGCUGAUGGUGAGGAAAGAGAUGUGGACCGUGUCUCAGGCUUGGGAAGCUCCAGUACAGGGUCAAAGAAAAUGGUGCUCUCCCAAAAGGAAAAAGAAGCUGCUAAAAUGGGCUUGCCUGUUUUCACUCACCACAAAGCAGAGCACUGUCAGGAAACCUCCGCAACAAAAACAUCUCAGAGUGAAGAAAAGGGGGAAGUAGAACAACGACACGAGAGCAAAAAGAAAAAGAAAGAAAAAAAGAGCAAAAAGGAGAAGAAGAAGAAGGAAAAAAAGAAGAAAAGGCAAAGAAGAGACUCAUCCUCCUCGGAGUCAGACGACAACAGAAAGAAGCAGAGAAAGGACCACCAUCAUCAUAAUCCAUCAUACCAUAGUCAGAGUGGAGCCAAACCCCAUGACAGCCAUUCAAGGGGGGGAGCAAAGGCCGACCGGCAGCCCGCCUACCCCCAUCAUCGGCAGCAACGGCAUGACACAGACUCCUCGGACGGGGGGUCUCCUGUCCCCCGUAACCCUGUCAGCCACAAGACGGCCCCUGCUGGUGCCACACAAAGCCACAGGCGGCGCCACGACACAGACUCGGACGACUAAUGUCCUUCCUACCCCCCCCCCACACCCCCCCACACCCCCACACAAUUCAAAGACGCUUAAUGCGGACAGAACGCUCUACAGCAGCCUGGCUAGCCCUGAGGACCUCAUUUACCCUGAAUGAUCAAACACACUGGAGACAGGUCAACGCUUUAAGACACAUGCUUUUACUUUUAACCAAUACAUAUGUUUUCCCUUCAGGUUUUAAUGUUGAGACUGUUGAGUAAAGUUGGCUUUGUCACAGUUAUUUUUGUAUCAUUGAUCUUCAGAUUUACGGAGAAAAUUAUGAAUAAAGUGUUGGAAAGCUCA